AUGAAGUCCGCACGAGCUAUUCGACGUAUCCCUCGGUCUCUGACACCCCGAGUCACCUCGCGGUCUGCCCACUCCAUCUUCAACCGCCCUUCUCCAACUUCCCAUGAGCAAAUCAAAGACCCCCUCCCCACACACAACUUCAUCGGAAACAACUUUACCCCCUCGGCCGCCACAAAGUGGAUUGACGUCCAUGACCCUGCCACGAACAAUGUCGUGACCCGCGUGCCAGAGUCUACAGACGAGGAGCUUCGCGCAGCCGUCAAGGCCGCACAGGAUGCCUUUCCCGGCUGGAAGAACACGAGCAUUCUGCGUCGCCAGCAGAUCAUGUUUGAGUUUACACGGCUGAUCCGUCAGAACUGGGACCGUCUUGCCUCGUCUAUUACUCUGGAGCAGGGCAAGACGUUUGCUGAUGCCCGUGGUGAUGUCCUUCGAGGCCUUCAGGUUGCCGAGACGGCUUGCGGCAUCACUACACAAAUCACUGGAGAGGUUUUGGAAGUUGCUAAGGAUAUGGAAACUCGUAAUGUUCGAGAGCCUCUCGGCGUUGUUGCCGCCAUCUGCCCCUUCAAUUUCCCUGCCAUGAUUCCACUGUGGUCCAUCCCGAUUGCGACUAUUACCGGUAACACGCUCGUCCUCAAACCAUCGGAACGCGACCCGGGCGCUGCCAUGAUCCUUGCCGAGAUUGCAAAGGAGGCAGGCUUCCCUGAGGGAGUUGUCAACAUCAUCCACGGAACGCACCGUGCGGUCAACUUCAUCAUCGACGAGCCCGCCAUCAAGGCCAUCAGCUUCGUCGGAGGCAAUGCCGCUGGAGAGUAUAUCUACUCCAGGGGCUCGGCCAACGGUAAGCGUGUUCAGGCCAACCUCGGGGCCAAGAACCAUGCCGUCGUCCUUCCCGAUUGUAAUAAGAAGAGCACCAUCAAUGCCAUCACUGGUGCUGCCUUUGGUGCCGCUGGUCAACGAUGCAUGGCUCUGAGCACCGUCGUUCUCGUCGGUCCCGACACCAAGUCAUACGUCGACGACCUUGUCUCAGCAGCUAAGCAGCUCAAGACAGACGGAGGCUUUGAGGACGGUGCCGACCUCGGACCCGUCAUUAGCCCAGAGUCCAAGUCGAGGAUCGAAUCAUUGAUUGCCUCAGCUGAGGAGGAGGGCGCACAGAUUGUUCUCGACGGUCGCGGGUACGCUCCCGAUAAGUACCCCUCGGGCAACUUCAUCGCCCCAACCAUCAUCACAGGGGUGACCCCGAGCAUGAAGUGCUACACCCAAGAGAUCUUUGGGCCCGUACUGCUGGUUCUCGAGGCCCCUACCCUCGAGGCUGCCACAGACCUCAUCAACCAGAACGAGUACGGCAACGGAGUAGCCAUCUUCACCAACUCGGGCAGCAAGGCCGCCUGGUUCCAGAAGAACAUUGAAGCCGGUCAGGUCGGAGUCAACGUUCCUAUCCCCGUGCCCCUGCCCAUGUUCAGCUUCACGGGCAACAAGAAGAGCGUGGCGGGUGGCGGUACGAGCACCUUUUACGGAAAGCCCGGACUCAACUUUUACACCCAGACAAAGACCAUCACGACUCUUUGGAGAGGCGAGGAGGAAGCAGACCACGGAAAGAGCGUCAACAUGCCGACGCAGAGCUGA